CCACCCCACAAUCUGGCUUGAUGGGGAAGUGUCGUCGGCCUCGUACAGCCUUCACCAGCCAGCAGCUCUUGGAGCUGGAGAACCAGUUCAAGCUCAACAAGUACCUGUCCAGACCCAAGCGGUUUGAGGUGGCCACGUCGCUGAUGCUCACCGAGACACAGGUGAAGAUCUGGUUCCAGAACCGCCGCAUGAAGUGGAAGCGGAGCCGCAAAGCCAAGGAGCAGGGGGCUCAGAUGGAGGCUCAGAAGCAACGAGGGCUCAGCAAAGCCUGCGAGAAGUUGCUGCCUGGCGAAACCCGGGGACAAGCUGCCGAAAGCCCUGAGUUCAUGGGGUGCAGCCCCAGCUCAGGCUUCCUGCACCACAGCACCACCGAGCUGGGCUAUGGCCCGGACUCCUCCUGCUCGGGUGGUGAGGAGGAAGAAGAAGAGGAGGAUGACGAGAUGGGUGCCACAGAGAGGAAGAUCGGCUCUGUGUUGUGA